UUGCUACUCGAUUUCUCCACAUUGUUAUUUUGUGAGGCUGGCUUUACUGCGUGUGAAUGUGUGUGUGGUGUGUGUGUGCGCGUUUUACUUUUUGCAUGUAUCUGUUGUAUGACUGCGUACAUGUAAUUUCUCUGCCAUGUCGACAUCCGGAACACUAACUAGUUACUACGUCGAUUCCCUCAUUCUGCCCGAGAGCGAGGAGCUCUCUGUGCCGAGAUACCCCUCCGGUCCUGGGCUCCAGCACUCCAGGCAUCCCGCCUCCAUCAGCGACCACAGCGAGCUCGGGACCUGCACUUUCCCGUCCAAACCUCCGGUAUUCGGGCCAUCAUGGAGCCACGUCCCGGCUCAGUUCCCGGGCAGUGUUUCCUCUAUGUACCAUCACCACUACGGGCAUCAUCAAGGCCCGGUCGGUGCAGAUACAGAUAGCCGCUAUCAGUCAUGGCUGCUGGAGCCUAUGUCCGGUUCCCUGCCCAUGGCCGGAUUACCGACGACCCAUCACUACGGAAUCAAACCGGAGGGUCUAGGCGCGCGAGCUGACGGCGCGCUGCCCGGCUCUCACACGGCGCUGCUGCUCUCUGAUUACGCCAACGGAACCGUAGCGACGGCAUCACCGGGGGAAAAGGACGCACUGUCCGUCCACGCAGGGGACACGAGCGGAGAAGCUGACGAGAAACCAGGCCUGGAUCCAAAUAACCCUGUGGCCAACUGGCUCCACGCGAGUGCCACGAGAAAAAAACGCUGUCCGUACACCAAGUACCAGAUCCUGGAGCUGGAGAAAGAAUUCCUCUUUAACGCCUACCUGACCAGGGACCGUAGGUAUGAGGUGGCGAGGCAGUUAAACCUCACCGAGAGACAGGUUAAAAUCUGGUUCCAGAACCGCAGGAUGAAGAUGAAGAAGUUUAAUAAAGAGGGCGCACCGAAAGGGAUUGACUGAACCUUUAGACAUUUGGCUGUUGGCGAGCUUUGUGCGUGGAAGCUCUUAACUCUGCUGGACCUUGUUUUUAAACUUCAUUGUCUUAUUGUUCUAUAUAACAGAAGCUAUUAGGCUUAAUUGUCCUGUAAAAAAAAAAGCAUGUUGGGCUUUAGUUUGAUGCGACUACCUUUAUAUUGCACAAUUUUAACGGUGCCCACUCGUUUUGUAUUUGUUCUUUUAUUAUUUUGAUUUUAAUUAAUACCUCGUUAAAGUGUAUUAGUUGGCCUGGUCCAUGUGCUCGUUUGUGUAUGGAUGUUUAGCUGCGUGUUCCGGUUCUUAGCUAUAUUUGUUGUCCAUCUCAGAGUCACCUGAGCGUAGUUUGUAAAAAUGUAUUAAUUUUAUUGUUGUUUCUCCCUUACUGCUUAGAACUAUGACUGAUGACCCUGAGUUUGAAUCUAACAUUGGAGCCGUAUUACAGACUGGUUGCAUUUUGAAGUAGGUGGUGAAUAGACCUCAGAAACCUCUUGAAGAUGCUAACAUGCUAAAUUAAAAGAUGUUAUGGAAGCUCAAUCACACGACACGAUUGACUACCUAUGUCUUUCAACUACCUACAAUAACCUUUUUUUCGAUGGCGGAUUAUAGGCUAGGUUUGCUUGCAUUAGAUGCUGGAAUUUCAGGGAGUAACAUUUUUGGAAGUACAUACUGUUUGUUAGUGAGAGACAUUUAAAUAAAACACUGUAGGCUACUUAAUGAAUACCUCACGGUCUGCUGACCGUCUGA